AUGUUCAUGUUCAUGGACAAGUCUGAUCCUCUCAACUUUGGGGAGCAAUUCGCUGCCCGACAACGGGAGCAAGACAUUGCAUCCAAGGGGUUCUCGACCAUCAAAGCUCCCAAGAAGAUGACCAAGCUCAAGAAGCUGCCCAAAGACAUGCUGCACAUGAAAGCACAUUUGGAGAAAGAUAUUGAAGAGCAAGACUCACUGUUACGAGGCAUCUCCAAUCGGAUUCACCACAGAUCCAAUCUGGCGUUGCGAAAGCUAAAGUUUCAGGACAAGACCUUUCCAUCCUCCGCAAUGAAAAGCAUCAUGGAACAGCAACAAGAAUACAUUCAAAUUACGGUACUGAGACGAGCUCUACAAACCUACUUGCUUAAUGUUAUGUGUGGUUUGGCCACUUCCAAAAAGUUCAAGAAAGACUACAAGGCCAUUCGAACCGCCCAUGCUUCGGCCCCCAAACCUCCAAUGCCAGAGUAUACGGAUGAGUAUCUACUGGCCCGUCUUAAGAGGAAGGAUCUCUUUCCUCUCGUCCACUUCAACGAAGGAAGUCCCUAUCACGUUACUUAUAGUGAUACGCCGCCCUUUUGCAAUCACGACGUCGCCCGAGAACGAGCCAAGGAGAUUGCUGCCAGAGGAUUCUCCAAUAUUGAUAUCCCCACUGGAUAUGUAAAAAGAGAGAAACCUACCAUGAAAAUGGUUCCCACCAUUCGUCUGAUCCGAGCUUCCAUUCACGAGCAAGAAGACGCUCUUCAGAGACUGGUCACUCGGAUUCAACAAGUGGCCCAAGACGCCGUCCAAAAUGCAUUGGAGGGCCACACGCAAGAUGCUGCCGAAGAAAUGCGGGCCAUUCGAGAACUCCAACAUGCUUACCUCCAUCACUGUCAAAUCAUUGAAGGAUUCAAGGCCUACGAAAAUCAUCUCAUGUAUGGUUUGUUGGAUAUCUCAAACGCCGAAAAGGAUUUGGACGACAUCAAGUCGAUUCCUCCCAGUUACCGGCCUGCCGAAGAAUCGGAUGAGAACAUGCUCCAAUAUUUGGACGAUCGCAAGUUCUUUCCAAAGUUCUUUCCUCAUUUGGGGGGCAAGGGAGUCAAUAUCCACUUUAGCGAGGUUCCUCCGCUUCCCAUUAACAAGAAGAGCUGGGACACCAAGUCGACUGCUUCGCGGACGUCUGCAUCCACGGCGGAAACCAAGACUGCCGAUUGA